CACUAAUACAAUUUAUUAUUUGGUUAAUAUAUUUCAACACUCAAAACCGAAUAUGUUUGCGAAAAUGAGAACGUUUCGGAAUCUAUUAGCGAGUGGAAGAGGAUUACAAGCUAUAAAUUCCAGCACAAAAAUAAUCAACAGAAAAAGCCAUGUUGUAUCCUACCGAAGCGCACCUCCACCCCAUUCAAAGGCCACUAAAAUUGGAGCUGUCGCUGUUGGUGGGGCUAUGUGGUGGUGGGUAAUCUGGCACUUAUGGCACGAACCUGAUCAUAUUACGGGAGAGUUUGACUAUCCCGACGCUUCAAAGUGGACCAAUGCUCAAUUGGGUAUCCCUCGUGAUAACGUGUAAUACUGUUAAAUAUCAAUAAAAACUUGCGCAGUUCAAAGUUGUUUGUUGAAUAGUAACGCCACUAAUGAUGCUGUAUUGAUUAAACAUAUGGAAGUUC